AUGCCGCCGCCUCGAACGACCGCAAACUCAGCGCCAGCAGGCGUUGGCGGCGCAUCCGGCGCAUCUCUUCCUGUGCAUUCAUCGUUGGCGGCAUCGCUGCGGGCACCUCCAACGCAGGCGUCAGCGAGCAGCGGCCUCGUUGUCAGAAGCGGGACAGGCAUUGCGCCCGGUAGCGGAAGGAAGAAGGUCGUUCUUGAGCCGGGAUACGGGCCGCUUGACUGGGCGCGGCUGAAGAGCAGCAGUGACUUGAGAGGCGGAAUCACGCAGUUGCGUAAGAUCACACCCACAGAGCUCAAGGCGCACGCUAACGCCGAGGACGCGUGGUCCGCUUUCCAUGGCAAAGUGUACAACAUCACGCCCUACCUGCGGUAUCACCCGGGCGGUGUCAAGGAGCUGAUGCGCGUCGCGGGAAGGGAUGGGACGCGCCUGUUCAUGCUCACGCACUCGUGGGUCAACAUCGAGGCAAUGAUCGACAGCACGAUGGUUGGCUUUCUGGUUCCGGACGGGUAG